AUGCGCCCGCCCUCCACCGCGCCGCUACUGAGCAUCUCCUCGUCCAGACUCAACCGUAACUCUGAAAUCGUGCCCGGCUCAUCAAAGAUCUCCUCCGCGCCUACUUCCCGGAGAAGCAACUCCGAGAACGUCGUCGCGGCCAAGAAGAAAGAUCAGCAACAGCAGAGCUCAUCACGACCAUCCUCGCGCUGCUCGAAUUCCUCCGCAUCAGACGUCGCUCGUCCGUCUUCCCGCUCGCUCGCCACCGCCUCGAACAACCACCCCGACGCCGCAAACAAAGAGACAAACAUCCACGUCGUCGUGCGCUGCCGUGGCCGCAACGACCGCGAGGUGCGCGAAAACUCAGGCGUCGUGCUCGACGUGCAGUCCGCGCACGAGGUCACCAUCCAGACCGGUCCGAUCGCGCUCUCAAACAAGACGUACUCGUUCGACCAUGUCUUUGGCGCCGAGGCGGAUCAGAGUAUGGUUUAUGACCAGGUUGUUGCGCCGAUUCUUGAGGAAACGCUUAGCGGGUAUAAUUGUACGAUCUUUGCCUACGGACAGACUGGAACGGGAAAAACAUAUACCAUGUCUGGUGAUGUGUCGGAUAACUAUGGCACGUUUGCUAACGACGCUGGUAUCAUCCCGCGAGUCUUGUAUCGCAUGUUUCUUGCCCUCGAAGCCGAGCAGUCAGAGUACUCCGUCAAGUGCUCCUUCAUCGAGCUCUACAACGAAGAGCUCCGCGACCUCAUCUCGAAAGAUGACGAUCGCAAGGUCAAGAUCUUUGAAGACACUGCGAAAAAGGGCAUCAUCAUCCAGGGCAUGGAGGAAGCCUUCAUCAAGAACGCGACCGAAGGUCUCAAGCUUCUGCAGGACGGCUCGCAUAAGCGCCAGGUCGCGGCCACUAAAUGCAACGACCUCUCCUCUCGCUCGCACACGGUAUUCACCGUCACCGUGCACGUCAAAGAGGUCUCUAGCAACGGCGAGGAGUAUCUGCGCAUCGGCAAGCUCAACUUGGUUGAUCUUGCCGGAUCAGAGAAUAUCAGUCGCUCGGGAGCCGAGAACAAGCGCGCCCGCGAGGCAGGAAUGAUUAACCAGAGUCUGUUGACUCUAGGCCGAGUCAUCAACGCGCUCGUCGACCGCUCCUCGCACAUUCCCUACCGUGAGUCGAAGCUCACGCGACUGCUGCAGGACUCGCUCGGUGGCCGGACAAAGACGUGUAUAAUCGCGACCGUCAGCCCGGCAAAGAUGAACAUGGAGGAAACAAUCAGCACGCUCGACUACGCCAGUCGCGCGAAAAGCAUCAGAAACAAACCUCAGCUGAACCAGGUCAUGUCCAAGAAAACAUUGAUCAAGGAGUACAUUCUCGAGAUUGAGCGGCUGAAGGCCGAUCUCGUGGCGUGCCGGCAAAAGAACGGCGUGUACAUCACGCAGGAAUCGUACCAGGAUAUCACGGAGGAGAGCGAGAGUCGGCGGAUCUUGAACGAGGAGCAGAAGCGCAAGAUCGAGGUUAUGGAGACGCAGCUCAAGACGGCGCGCGAGCAGUUGGAGCUCACGAUGAAGGCUUCUUUGGAAACUAAGAAGGAGCUCGAGAUGGUUUCGGUGGAGUUGAUGGAUACUCAGGUCUCGCUUGACCACACCGAGCGCGACUUGGUAGCAACCAAGCAGAGCCUGAACGAAGAAAUGAAUCUGCGCCAUGCUUACGAGGCCACCGAACUCGAGCUGAGCCAUACCGCCGAGACCUUGAUGUCGACCGUCAACCAAGCCGCGGCCGACAUCAUGCUCCUGAACAACACGAUCGAGCGCAAGAGCGAGCUGGCAGAGACGAACCUGCAAGUAUUCACAAACUCGCAAAAGAUGGUAUACGACGCCUCGCGGCAGUUUGAGAGCCGCGUGUCGCAGUUUGCAAACGUGCAGCGCAAGUACUUUGAAAGCUCGGGCGACAAAGUGCGCAGUAUGCUCGUGAGCGAGACCGCCAAGCUCGGGAGCGUCUACAAGAUGAUUGACGAUCGGCUGGCGCUGUUUGAUCAGCAACAGGAGGAUCUGGAGGAGCUGAUGGGGAGUUCAAAGGGGGAGAUGAAUCAGGUGCUUGAGAAUAUUAAGGUGCUGAGAGAGGAUAUCAAGAGUAAAGUUGGCGAGGGGCUCGAGGGGUUGAAUAAUGCGACCGAGAAGAUUUCGCAGGAGCUCAUGAACCAGAUCGAGAUUUUUCAGAGUCAGACAUCCAUGGCGUACAAUCAGCUUGGUAGAGAGUUCAAGGGCAUGUUUGAUGAAUUCAACAAGCGUCUGCACACGCAGCGCGACGAGCUGGUUACGAUCCACACCGCGAUGGCGAGCAGCAGCGAAGGCACGCUCAGCAAGCUCGACAACCACAGCGCCUCACUACGGGCCAAGAUCGAGCAAGAGAAGAAGAAGGCGGAGGAAGAGCGCCAGCAGAUUCUCGCGCAAGUGAGCGCGAUGCUAAAGUCUGUUGGAGAGAUGCAGAACGAGCGGCUGGAGCAGAGCGUUGCGGAGUUGUGCGGCGAAAUGACGAGCACGAAGAACGAGCUGACGAGCGCGGGACAGGAGUUUGUCGCGGGCGGGACAGAGUGGCUUGCGAAGCAGAAGGAGUUUCAGAAAUCAAUCACGCAGGAUAAAGAGCGCAUCAAGCAGACAAUCAUCGAGGCCUACCACGCUUCUGAGCAGAGCGGGGACUUGCUCCAGCAGAGCACGCGGUCGAUUCACUCCGAGGCCGUCAAGAUCGUCGGCGAGCAGAAGGAGAACCUCGCGGUGCAGAUGCAGGCGCUCGACGAGUUCGUCACGCGGGCGCGCGCGCAGAACGAGACGCAUCACAGCGGGUACGAAGUCGCGAUGACGACGCUCAACAGCGGGGUGCACGACGGUCUCGCGGCCGCGAAGAAGUUGGUCGAAGACACCGGGCGCGGACUGCACGUGUACGCGGAAGACGCGCACCGGGACUCCGAGGCGGCGAAGGAAGACGUGGCGAAGUACGCUGCCGAGAGCGCGGGCCAGUACGGUGCGCUGCGGGAGGCGGUGCUGGGGUUGCAGAUGGGGGAGUAUGCGAGCAGCGGGGGCACGCCGAAGAAAGAAAAGGCGUAUUUCGUGCCGGCGAAGUUGCCGAGGACGGAGGUGAAUGCGCAGCGGGCGCCAUUUGCUGAGAUUGAGAAUGAGCAGCAGCAGCAGACGAGACCAUCGAUGUUGCCGCGGGCGUCGACGUAG